AUGGCGCAUCGUUACGCUCCCGUUCCAAAUUCCGGCCCAGACCGCCGGGCAGCACAACAUGACAGGGAGGUCGAAAUGCAGGCAGCCUUCGACUACUCAGACGAUGAAGACGACGAGCACAACGCCUCCGAAUCCCAACCCUUGAACCCUACCCCCACAUCAGCUGCCGUUCCUAUACAAGCCUCACCCCCCCGUGCACCAGGACUGUACAAUUUCGAGACGGUAGAUUACGAUUACCCACCACCCGGUUCACCCCCGCCACCCUCAGCAACGGCGCUCCCAAACGAUAUUGGUAACUCAAAUGGACUCGUACCGAGCUUCAGCCCUUCGCAGAAUCUCGGACCCCGUCGCAUGUGGUUCCAACGAGCUGCUGCUGCGGUUCUACCAGCAUCUGUGUUAACGAAGGUCGGCCUGGCACCGAGGCGACCAUCAGGUCCUGUCGGAGGUGGCACCAACAACGAUGGAGUGUUUGCUAAUGUGACGGCGAAGCCGACACCCCCAGUGCGAGUGCAAGAUGGUGAUGAUACGUACCUGGUCCCUGAGGACACCCGGCAAGAAGCUCCUCCCUCGUACGCAUCUGCACAAGCAGACGCUGUCCCUCCGUACUGGGAGACCACAGUUCAUGCUCCUUUCUCCCCAGACUCGAUGGGCGAAAUGGUCAUCGACUCCUUGCCGACCGGAUCCCUAUUUUCCUUCUGCUGGAAUCUCCUUGUCUCGGUGUCUUUCCAAUUUGUCGGCUUCCUCCUCACAUACCUGCUGCAUACUAGCCAUGCUGCUCGACUCGGCUCGAGGGCGGGUCUUGGUAUUACGCUGAUUCAAUACGGUUUUGCACUCCGGAGUCGCCUUGAUUCUAGUGAUGACAACGACACGAGCGUGGGCUGGGGCGAACUCACUGAUCCUAAUGCACCCACAGUAGAGGGUCAUCAUGGGCAUCAUCAUGGACUGAUGUCAAAUGUUUCAUGGGCGACACCGAUUUCAAAUAUGACCGAAGAGCAGACGAAUGUCCUUGUUGCGGAUGCGACGACGGAGUGGCUAUCCUUUUUCUUGAUGACAGUUGGAUGGUUCGUGCUAUUAACAUCUCUCCUCGGUUUCUGGCGUGUGAAACGGUGGGAACGUGGUAUCCUUGCCUCCCAACGCGACUCCAGCGCGCCUACACCCGCACCUCGACCCAACCCCAACAUCUUCUCGCAAAUCGAGUCCACCUUCGGGUUGCACGGCACGUCCCGCGCUGAUCUCUUCCGACAAGGGUUCGGGUUUGGACCGCGACACAACGCCGACGACGAAGUCCUGCGCUCUCAUGCUCUCGCAGAACGGGGCGAGUCCGGUCAGGAUGCAGCAGCAGAGAUAGAACCCAUGAUCCCUGGCGAUCCGAAUGAUCCUGAACGGGCCCGACUGAUUGCAGCAGUGAUCGCCAAUGAACAGCGCUUGCAGCGGGAUCUACGAGAUGCGGGGCUGCUUUGA